AUGAACCGUCUCGCACGUGAUAGUCCGGCGGAUCCGAACGAACGACCAGACUCCGGCAAACUGGAUUUUGAAGCACGAGUUCCGAUCCCCUUCAGUGUCUUCCCGUCUGCGUAUCGGAACGCGGAAGUAAAGGAAUCUACCAGUGUCCAGGUAGAAGAACAGGAAGCACAGUUCGAGCAACAGGCUUCUCACGGACGGGAAGGUCACGAAGAGGUCCACGAAUCCUUCUCCGCUACCGUCCUCCCUCCUCCUCCGGCUCCCCAACAGCAGCAGCAGUUUGAGCAGCAACACCACGACACACACGUCAAGGAAGAGAGUUUGAGCGAUCCCACGACCGUCCACGGCCCUGCCACCGACUACGCUCCAUCCCAAAUCGACGUUACUGAACGUCAGAUUCGCGAACGUACCCGUCCCAUCGUCGCCGGUGCAAGCUACUCGAAGGAGACUUACACCACCAAGCACGACACCUUCCCCAGCAGCAAGCACGUCGAGUCUGUUGCCUCCCACCAGCCAUCUGAGGUCCGAGUAGAAUCAUCUGCUCGUUCCACUGCCGCACCCCCCAAGCACCGCAAGCGUGAUAUGGGAUAUUACGACAACGAGGGCCAAUACCACUCGCUUCGUCAAGGAAUCUCCCACGCCGCUCACAAGGUCGCCGACCGUAUCCAACACCCCAUCCACCCUCACCGUCACCACCACUCUCACGAGCACUCCUACCCCGGUGCCAAGUACGACGACGACCGUGAAGAGGUAAUCGUUAAGGAGAAGUACACUUCGGCUACUCCUUCUGUUGCCCCUGCCCGCCCCGUCCAAUCCGGAGCUCCAGUUGAAAGGGUCGUUCGCGUCCACAGCUCCCCAGCCCCAGCCCCUCCCAGGUCCACAGUCUCUGCUGCUGCACCUGCCCACCCCCACUCCAUCACCCACGCACCCGCACCCGUCUCUGCUUCUAUCGCACCUGUCCCGACUUCUGUCCGUACAGUCCGCAAGAUGGCUUCCACCAAGACUAUCACCAUCCCCUGCCACCACAUCCGCAUUGGCGAUCUCCUGAUCCUCCAGGGCCGCCCUUGCCAGGUCAUCCGCAUCACCACCUCCUCCCAGACUGGCCAGCACCGUUACCUCGGUGUUGACCUGUUCACCAAGCAGCUCCAUGAGGAGUCCUCCUUCAUCUCCAACCCGGCUCCUUCCGUCGUUGUCCAGAACAUGCUCGGACCUGUCUUCAAGCAGUACCGUGUUCUUGACAUCCGUGAGGACGGUCGCGUUGUUGCCAUGACCGAGUCUGGCGAUGUCAAGCAGGGUCUUCCCGUUCUUGACCAGAGCGGUCUCAUCUCCCGCCUGACCGAGUCCUUCGACAACGGCCGUGGCAGCGUCCGUAUCCUCGUCAUUGAUGACGAUGGUAUGGAGAUGGCUGUCGACUACAAGGUUGUCCACGGAUCCAGGUUGUAG